AAAAUUACGUGAUUUAAUUAUGCGAGAUGUAUUAACUACAUGUCAAACGAUCCAACAUGUACCGAGUGUAUCUCUACUUUGACUACUCAAGCCAAGCACAUCGUAGAUUACCUCCCCUCCGCACACUGCAUUCAUUAUACACAUCAGGCCCAACUGUAAAUCAAUUGAAACAAGAAAAAAAUUUUUUUGAAGAGGUCCUGCCCGGGAUCGAACCGGGAUCGGCGGAAUCAGAAUCCGCAGUGAUGACCAUUACACUACAGAACCACGUGAUAUCUGUCUUCAUUACUUUGAGAUAUACAAGCAACCACUACCCUGCAUAACCAGCAAUGGCAGUCACCAUACACCACGGACCAUAUACAACUAUCCCCACGAACACUUCCCCCGGCCUCCAAUUCCUCAAAUCCUUCCUCCCUGCCCUAGACUGCCUAGACCCAAUCAGCAAGCCCGUCGCUCCAUUUCUGCACCCCGAUGCUCCCAUCUACGUGGGCAGCAACCCGCCCAGCACCGGCCGCAACGUAGUCCCACUCCUCGAAGUGCGCAGCAAACACCUCUCCGCAUUCCACCAUGACAUGGAGGUAGCAUGGGAUAUUGUCCCAGAUGGAUCUGACGGGCACACGCGGACGGUGAUGUUCCAGGCGACCAGUGUGACGGUGUUCCGGAAUGAUCCGGAUCAGUUUGCGGUGCGGGUGGAGGAGUUUAAUGUUCUGGAGUUGAAGAAGAUAUUAAGGGAGUUAGGGCCGGGACAGGAACUAGAGGAACAGUUGGAGUUUCAGGUCGUGGAGAUGCGGACGUAUUUUGAUGCUCGGCCGGUGCAGGAUCGGGCGGCGAAUUUGCAUCGGGAGUCUGCGUUUGGGGGGACAUAGCCUGUCGAUUGAUCGGGGGUGAUCUGGUUAUCGAUAUGAGUAUAUCGAUCGAUCAGUGAUUGACUUGUAUAGAGCGUUGAAGAUGCUACUAGUAGCCUGACUCAAGUAGGUCUCGUGACAUCACGUAUAUGGAAUGC